UCGCCCAUUGGCGGAGCCGCGCCUUAAUCCCGCCCGCCAGAGGAGGGCUGGGCCGAGGCGCUGUUUGUGUGCUCGGGCCGCAGCGGGAGGCCGGGGCCGCAGGACUGCCUGGUGGAACCAACGCCAGCGCUCCCAGCGUCGGUGCCUUCCCGGCUCUCAGCAGGGCAGGAGCCCAGCAGCAGCCCGGUCAUGACCAGCAGAGGAGCCGCCAGGCCGAAUGGGCAAUCCCAAGCCAGCAAAAUCUGUCAGUUCAAACUGGUGCUGCUGGGCGAAUCGGCGGUGGGGAAAUCCAGCCUGGUGCUGCGCUUCGUCAAGGGGCAGUUCCACGAGUACCAGGAGAGCACCAUCGGGGCGGCGUUCCUCACACAGUCUGUCUGCCUGGACGACACGACGGUGAAGUUUGAGAUCUGGGACACGGCGGGCCAGGAGCGAUACCACAGUCUGGCCCCCAUGUACUACCGGGGGGCACAGGCUGCCAUCGUGGUCUACGAUAUCACCAACCAGGAAACGUUUGCACGGGCAAAAACAUGGGUGAAAGAGCUGCAGAGGCAAGCCAGCCCCAGCAUCGUCAUUGCGCUCGCGGGCAACAAAGCCGACCUGGCCAGCAAACGUAUGGUGGAGUACGAAGAGGCACAGGCUUACGCAGAUGACAACAGCCUAUUGUUCAUGGAGACGUCGGCCAAGACGGCGAUGAAUGUGAACGACCUCUUCCUGGCCAUCGCCAAGAAGCUGCCAAAGAGCGAGCCCCAGAGCACGAGUGGCGCAGCAGGGAGGAGCAGAGGCGUGGACCUUCACGAGCAAACCCAGCAGAACAAGAGCCAGUGUUGUAGCAACUGAAGGGCAGCAGCCUGCGAGCGAGGAAGAGCUAAGAUAUAACCUCCAAACCUCCACCCCCGUCCACCACACCUCACCUCACCUCCAUAACGGCGCACCGAGAAACCCACCCGAACCAGAACCCUCCCGAGAGCUCUAACUGCACUUUUUAAUGCUUCGAAACCACCACCAGACACCUGUGACCACCAUCCUGAUGGCAGUGGAACUACAUCCGCCGGGGACUUAACUUCCAGAGGGGGAAAA